AUGGCCUGUUGGCCACGACGGAGAUGUAUGAUCUCCAAAGAGGAGAUGAUGACAAUAGGUGAAGAUUCUUCAGUCGUGUAUCCCAUGUCGAAGUUAAUUAGUUUUUCAGGAAGAGGGAGGGAUAUUUCCAACGGUGAUGUCGCCUCGGAUGAAUCGUUGGUCGAAAUCGAGUCCUCUAGGGCAUCAGAACUCGUGUCCAAAGUCUCCUCGGAUAAAUUGUUUGUGGAACUCUAGUCGUCUAGGGUAGUAAAACUCAUAUUCAAAGUUGGCUCGUUGACGAUCUGGCCAGUGGGAGGACCAUGGCGCUCCAAAACAACCAAGUUCCUUUUAGCUAUGAUUCAUUAGAAGAUAUCCAGAGUGCGGCUUCUUCCACUGUACUUGCAAUCAAUGCUUUCUAA